CUGUUUCCUUGGCUUCUCUAAAUGACAAUUCCUGAUUUGUGGUCCUGGCAAUCUCAGGAAAACAUCAUCCAGUUUCUCCAGUCCAGACCCCAGGGGUCCCCUUCUCCUCGGAGUCAUCUCCACGUGGCCAGGACACAUCCACUGAACCACUUUUGAGGACCCUCCAUUCAAGAAGACAUGGUGGUAAAACUCUGGCCCUAAGUCUUCAUGAUCGAAGAACUCUUUUGCACAACACAAAGCACUCCACAAGAGUGAAUGACAUGUCCAACUCGGGGUGUCGUUUGUGAAGGGAGGAACCUUUCUCUUGGAGAGGAUCCUCAAUGAGCCUGGCCAAGGCCCGGGAUCUGUGUGAAGUGGACUAAGGAUUAAGUAGGAUGUCAACUGAGGCAGAACUUCAAGUAGCUGUGAAAACCAGCGCCAAGAAAGACUCCAGAAAGAAAGGUCAGGAUCGCAGUGAAGCCACUUUGAUAAAGAGGUUCAAAGGUGAAGGGGUCCGGUACAAAGCCAAACUGAUCGGGAUUGAUGAAGUUUCCGCAGCUCGGGGAGACAAGUUAUGUCAAGAUUCCAUGAUGAAACUCAAGGGUGUUGUUGCUGGCGCUCGUUCCAAAGGAGAACACAAACAGAAAAUCUUUUUAACCAUCUCCUUUGGAGGAAUCAAAAUCUUUGAUGAAAAGACAGGGGUCCUUCAGCAUCAUCAUGCCGUUCACGAGAUUUCCUACAUUGCAAAGGACAUCACAGAUCACCGGGCCUUUGGAUAUGUUUGUGGGAAAGAAGGGAAUCACAGAUUCGUGGCCAUCAAAACAGCCCAAGCGGCUGAACCUGUUAUUCUGGACUUGAGAGAUCUCUUUCAACUCAUCUAUGAAUUGAAGCAAAGAGAAGAAUUGGAGAAAAAGGCACAAAAGGAUAAGCAAUGUGAACAAGCCGUGUACCAGACAAUUUUGGAAGAAGAUGUUGAAGAUCCUGUAUACCAGUACAUUGUGUUUGAGGCUGGACACGAGCCAAUCCGUGAUCCCGAAACGGAAGAAAACAUUUACCAGGUUCCCACCAGCCAAAAGAAGGAAGGUGUUUAUGACGUGCCAAAAAGCCAACCUGUAAGUAACAGCCAGCCGUUCGAGGACUUUGAGGAGCGCUUCGCAGUGGCCACACAGAGCAGAAACCUGCCUGUGGACUUGGAUGAGAUUCUUGAGGCAGCAAAGGCUGUGACCCAAUUAGAACUUUUUGGGGACAUGUCCACCCCUCCUGAUAUAACCACUCCCCCCACUCCCGCAACUCCAGGUGAUGCCUUUAUCCCAUCUUCAUCCCAGACGCUCCCGGCGAGUGCAGACGUGUUUGGUUCUGUACCUUUUGGCACUGCUGCUGUACCCUCAGGUUAUGUUGCAAUGGGCGCCGUCCUCCCAUCCUUCUGGGGCCAGCAGCCCCUCGUCCAACAGCAGAUCGCCAUGGGUGCUCAGCCACCAGUUGCUCAGGUGAUGCCAGGGGCUCAGCCCAUCGCAUGGGGCCAGCCGAGUCUCUUUCCCGCCACCCAGCAACCCUGGCAAACUGUGGCCGGGCAGUUUCCUCCAGCCGCCUUCAUGCCCACACAAACUGUUAUGCCUUUGCCAGCUGCCAUGUUCCAAGGUCCCCUCACCCCCCUUGCCACUGUCCCCGGCACAAGUGACUCCAGCAGGUCGAGUCCACAGACCGACAAGUCCAGGCAGAAAAUGGGGAAAGAGAUGUUUAAGGAUUUCCAGAUGGCCCAGCCUCCACCUGUGCCCUCCCGCAAACCCGACCAGCCCUCCCUCACCUGUACCUCAGAGGCCUUCUCCACUUACUUCAAUAAAGUCGGGGUGGCACAGGACACAGACGACUGUGACGACUUCGACAUCUCCCAGUUGAAUUUGACCCCUGUGACUUCUACCACGCCAUCGACCAACUCACCUCCAACCCCAGCCCCUAGGCAGAGCUCUCCAUCCAAAUCCCCCGCAUCUCAUGCCAGCGAUCCGGCCGCAGAUGACCUCUUCGAAGAGGGCUUUGAAAGUCCCAGCAAAAGUGAAGAGCAAGAAGCUCCUGAUGGAUCACAGGCCUCCUCCACCAGUGAGCCCAGUGGGGAGCCCAGUGGGGAGCCCAGUGGUGAUAAUAUAAGUCCACAGGCCGGUAGCUAGAUAGCGCAGGUCUGGGAGCCAGAGCCUCUCUAUGCGCAGAUCAACAGACCUAAGAAAUAGCAUCGAUGCAAGUUGGCGGUGGGUGUAUCAAGACUGGCAUGGAAAUCACAUCCCGACAGGCUCUCUUGUAUUCUUCCACCUCAUCUCAUUCCACAGAGAAAUUCACAAUUGCCCAGUGGAACUCAUUUCGAAGAGGGACAACAUUUUUGGCAACCAAUGGCAGAUAUAUAUAUAUAUGCAUAUAUAUAUGCAUAUAUAUAUAUAUGCAUAAAUAUA